AUCACUAAGAUUUAUAAUUUCCUUCUUCCUUUUCGGUACUUGUUUCUGUAGCAACCAUGCAACUGUUGCUGUCACUUCCCUAAAACAAAAAGGCGGUUUAGAAAGUCAGAGUAAUGGUCUUGAACGUAUUUAAUAGGAGGUCCUUAUUUGGGGUGAGUUUGGUUGUGCUGUCAGCCCUGUGAUUUGGGUUGAUCUCUUCCUUUUUAUCCAUUGUCCAUGCUCAUUAAUGCUUAAAGGCCACAUUCUUUCAAGAAGUGGCUUUGAUGUGCUUCCUGUCAUAGCUCUGAUGUUCAGCUGGUCAUUUCAUCUCGGGAGGAGCAGGAUGCCUUAGCUUCUUGGACUUCCCUUUGCCAUGUGACAGUCCUAGCUGAGCUGUUACUUCCCCUGAGGGACCCAUAAGCCUUUGACAAAGUUAGUUGCCAAAACUGUUAACACCAUGGUGCAGACGCCUUCCCCGAAGAUCCCACAGCAAACACAGAAAGCAUCCUCUUUGGUGCCGGUGGGACCGGUUCCAGAUAACCCGGGAGGUGCCAGAGUGUGCCACUUAGAUCAACACCUUCAGCGUCCCAGCAUGGAAAAUCCCCAGAAGACAGAGGUGGUUCUCCUCGCCUGUGGCUCCUUUAACCCGAUCACCAACAUGCACCUCCGGCUGUUUGAGCUGGCCAAGGACCACAUGAACGCAACAGGAAAAUACAGAGUUAUCAAAGGCAUCAUUUCUCCCGUCGGCGACGCCUACAAGAAGAAAGGGCUCAUCUCUGCGCACCACCGAGUGGUCAUGGCACAGCUGGCCACCAAGAACUCCGGCUGGGUGGAGGUGGACACCUGGGAGAGCCUGCAGAAGGAGUGGGUAGAGACUGCGAAGGUGCUCAGGCAGGUAUUCAGGACGGGAAGCCAUGAUGCUGGGUCACGGACAGACCUGUCUGUGUGCUGCUUCCAUGACAACAUACAGGCUUGUCACACACCUGUCUUACGCCUUUCAGACAGUUCCAGACACCACCAGGAGAAGCUGGAGGCCAGUGGCGGCGAGCAGCGGGACUCCCCUGUGCUGGAGAGGCCUGGCCGGAAGAGGAAGUGGACGGAACAAAGAUCAGAAGUUAGUCAGAAGAAGCCGCUAGAGCCGCAGAGAAAAGACGUGCCCAGGGUCAAGCUGCUGUGCGGGGCGGAUCUGCUGGAGUCCUUCGGGGUCCCCGACCUGUGGAAGCGCGAGGACAUCGCCAACAUCGUGGGGAGCUACGGACUCGUGUGCAUCACCCGGGCUGGGAACGACGCUCAGAGGUUCAUCUACGAGUCGGACGUGCUGUGGCGACACCAGGCCAACAUCCACCUGGUCAACGAGUGGAUCACCAACGACAUCUCGUCCACCAAGAUCCGGCGAGCCCUCCGCAGGAGCCAGAGCAUCCGCUACUUGGUGCCGGAUCUCGUCCAAGAGUACAUCGAGAAGCACGAUUUGUACAGCGCCGAGAGCGAGGAGAGGAACGUGGGGGUCAUCCUGGCGCCGCUGCAGAGAAACAGGGCCGCCACGAACUCCAGAACCACCACGGCCUGAAGCGUGCGCUUCCCCCGGGGGCUGAGCCGUCUGGGUGUCAGCAGCUGGGGGAGGAAUUGGGAUCCUGUUUCAUAAACUGAAACUUGAAAGUUUGGUGAAAAUCAGUAGUAAAUU